AUGAGGGUCGUGAGCAACCCGCUUGAGCAGACAGAACGGGGAGGACUCCACCCUGCCCCGAGGUCCUCGUGCGGCCGCCCUGGCUUGGCAGCCCUGCCCACGCUACCCCCGCAAACAACGCUCCUACAGGCUUGCUCACACACACGUGUAUGCACACCAGAGAGACGUAUGAGCUUCUACACCUGUACACAUGCAUACACACAUGCACAUGUACAUUCACUACAAACAUGCAGGCUCCUGCACACGAGCACACAUGCACAUGUACCCACCCCAAACACGCACAGGCUCCUACAUACAUGCACAUGCAUGUGUACACCACAGAUAAGAGCUCCCAGGCGUAAACACGUGUGCACACACCAUACACACGUGAGCUCCCACACAUGUACACACCACAAACAUGCAGGCUCCCGCACAUGUGAACACAUACACGCGCACACGUGUGCACACAUGUGCCACAAGCAAGUGCAUACUGUCCUGGUGUCCCGCACUGCAUCCUGCCUCCUUCCUGAGGGCGCCUGUGAGGAGCCUCUGGCCGGGCAUGGGAAGAUGGGGCUCGUAGCCCACGCCUCCCAGGGAUGAAGAGUCCCCUCCUGGCAGAAUGUCUAGGCUUUGCAGAGCAGGCCCGGGGCUGAGGUCACAGCUUCACUUACACCAGCUGCUCUGUGGGCAGUGCUUGGUGCCCUGGACAAGAUCCUUUCCCCUUCAGGGAGGUCCAGCCCCACAAGCCAAAACUUCCCCUUGGUUCAGCCCUAUACCAGGUGGCCACAGCAGGACUGGCCACGCCCACGCCGCACCUCAUCCCUGCACACAGGAGCACGGCCAGUCUUCUGCCACGAGCCAGCUGGGAAGGGCCGUGGCCUCCUAAAGCCCCAAUCAACCCAGCCUGUGUCUGAGCAGAUGGGGCGAACAAGCAGUCCACACCACCUCGAGGGAGGAGGCCAGAUGCGGCAGCUUCUCCAACAGGGUGACCAUCCGCUUGGCUUGCUGAGCGUUUAAACAAAUGUUUAGACAGGGUGUUGUGACUUCUCUGAGUUGAGCCUUGGCCAGGGGUCCGGUGCCGUAGCAGGAAACCUCCAGCCUUGUUCUUCAAACCACUCAGCUCAUGUGUUUUGCACUGACUAGUAUUGAAUAAUGCAGCCACUUUUAUUUAAUGUUAAUAUUGUUUAUUUGGCAGCUCAGUGUCUAACAUCUUGAUAUGCAGGUCCUUGCAUCCUACAUUUCUUUAGUAAGUUACCCAUUUGUAACUUUAAAAACAGGAAAAAUGUCAGUUGGCAAAUGCAAUUUUUUUUUUUUAAGCUAAAGGUGGGUGAACUGGAAUGAAAAUCUUUCUGAUACUGUGUCUCUAAGCAGCUUUGAUGGGGUGUGUUAGAAGUGUCAUGAAAGUGUGAUUCUACUUUUGCAGAAAAAAUCUAAAGAUCAAUUUAUAUAGCUUUAUUUUUUACUUUAUCAAAGUAUACAGAAUUUUAAUAUGCAUAUAUUGUGUCUGACUUAAAAUUAUAAUGUCUGCGCUACCAUUUAAAAUGUCUAUUCAUUAUGUAAUGUAAUAAAAGAAGGUCUUCAAAAAUGUAUUUAAUAGGAAUGGUAUCCAUAGCUGUGAUCAUCAUAAAUACUGGAGUUUAUUUUUAAAUUAUUAAACAUAGUAGGUGCAUUUAACAUAAAUCAAGCCUCCACACAGUAACAUUUAACUGAUCAUUAAUCUGCUUUGAAAAGUUAAAAUAUAAAUUAAACCAAAUCUAACAUUUCUGUAAAGUUUAUUUUGUAUGCUCCUGUUUUUAACUUUUAUUUCUGUAGAUAAACUGACUUGGUAAUAUUAUAUUGGACUUUUCUCUAGAUUAUCUAAGCAGGAGACCUGAAUCUGCUUGCAAUAAAGAAUAAAAAUCUGCUUCAGUUUCUUUAUAAA